CCAAAGACACUUCACAUAUUAUGCACACACAGCCGUCCUGCCACACAUGAACAGACACAUAAGCUGCCUAAGACAGCCAUAGACCCUCUCUCUCUCUCUCUCUCUCUCUCUCCCCUUCCCGUCCACCCAAUGAGCCACCGCACCAUCAAGCCCAUCAGUUGAUGCCCAGUGACUCGAACUGCCCCUGCUUGUUGAUGUAACCCAAGUGCUGCCAUUCAAACUGACAGUCCUCGUUGCCGAGGUGGUCGUCAAAGCCCUUGACAACUCCCUCUACGCCAUGUCGGGCCGCCUCGUCCAGCCGGGCCUUGUGCACCACCUCACGCACACCCAGCAGCCGAGGCUGCCCGCCCUCCUGCCCCCUGACGGCGAAGCACUGCAGCGGCACCCGCACCAUCUGACCGCCCACAUUGGCCAUAGGUCCCACCACCUCCCUGUUGCUGCUCGCCUCCAACGCCGACUUGACGAAGUGCUCGAUAGCCGUACACACACGGCGGGCCAUGUCGGUGUGGCGGAAGGGCAGCAGUGUGUCGGUGAUGGUCCGGUUGACGGCUUCUGUGUCGAAGAGGUACGAUGCGAUGCGCCAGCCGAAGAAGGGGGCCUCUUGCGGUCCCACUGCCAGCCGAGGAGUCAGCAGAGCGGCCAGCGACCGGUGAGGGGCCAGGGCUGCAUUGAGGGCCGCCAUGGCCGGCUUCGGCAGGUCGUUGAGCACCUCUCUGUAUUCCGAUAACACCAGCUGUCGCUGACGGCGCAGGGCGGAUGGUUGUCUCAAAUAACGAUCAUCGCCUGCGUCCACAUGUGGGUCGUCCUCUGCGUCGUCAUCCACCGUGGGCAGCAGAGGGACGUCAGCGCCCGCCAUCAACAGUGUGCGGAUGGUGGGAUUGGGAGGUUCCCAUUCAUGAUAAACGGCCUCAGAGACAGCCACACCGAGGGGUGUCUCAUUGUGGUAGAGCGAGGCUCUGUUGAUGUCGUCGGCUGACGUGAGGUGCCGGGCGAGGAAGUCGACCACUUUGGGGAAGCGGUAAAGAGCCGCACAGUACAGUGGUGUCUCUCCUAUUUCGUCUGUUGCCGCGAUGUCCACCCCGUUGUCCACCAGCAGCGUCAUGUAACUGUUGAUGAACGACUGCGAAUAGACGCUUGUUUCAUACAGGCUGCCGCCGCGUGCUGCCUGGUGGGCCAGAUUGCUCCCGAAGCUCGUCUCCAUUGCGAGCGUCCUGUCCUUCUCCAGAAUCCGCCGGUAGAUCUGCAUGAGCUCCGCCUCGUACUCAGCGGUCGGACUGCGAAGAAAAACGGGAGGGCAGGCCGAGCACACCACACAAAUCGACGUCCCUGGACAGAAAGA